ACUACCCCCCCUGCGUCGCGCUGCAUCCAUGGCGUCAUGGAGUCCACGUUCCUCCGCGGAACAGGGCGAAAACCCUGGCGACAUCAGAUCGAGGCCGUGGACUGCAUCUUGCACGCUCUCAGCGUCGAUGGGCGAAGAAACCUCCUGGUGCAGCAUGCCACAGGCAGCGGCAAGUCGGCCACCAUGGCCCUCUUAGUCCACCAAUUGGCGGAGCAGGUCCAUGAUCCCACGAAAAAAGGCUUCACCUUGAUCCUUCUUUUGAGCGAUCGGCUCCAAUUGGAUCGGCAGUUGGGUGACACUUUGGAGACCUUCCUCUCCCGCUGCCACGGCAGCUCCCGUCUACGGCGCUGCGAGACACGCACAGGGCAGCUGAUGAAGGUGUUGAGCUCCUUGGGGCAGUUGGUGGAACGCAGUGCCAAAGCCCUGGUGGUCGUGACGACCAAGCAGAAGUUGGAUCGCGUUCUCUCGGAUGGCAAGAACUCCCUGGAUCUGUCGCCCAUUUUCGCCUGUGGCCGCGUGGCCGUGAUCUGCGAAGAGUGUCAUCGGGCGCACUUCGAGGGGGGCAAAACGGCGGAGGCCGUGCGGAUGCUGUUUGGCGGUGGACGCUCGACCCAACCAGAAGAUUUGGUCUACAUCGGCUUCACCGGAACCCCCAGCCCCAGCUGCUUGCGCCUCUUCAGGGCAUCAGUGCAUGGCUACCACCUGGGACAGGCUGAGAAGGAAGGAGUGGUCUUGGACGUCUUGACCAACUACGAAACCUGCCGACUUCAAAGCCUUUCAGAGAAGUGCCGCUACAUCUUGGCGGAUCUACAAAGGGUGGCACAAAGCUAUGAUGAAGCCUUUGCUACCGAUAUGAAGGCCAUGGUCGUGUGCCGCCGGCGCGUGGACGUGGUGUCCUACGUCCAGCAGCUGCGCAAGUUGGCCCAAAGCACGAACGGCUGGCUGCCGGGGCUCGGGUGGUCGCCCGGCUUCUUCCUGAACCGGGGCAUUUGUGGCUUCUUCAGCGGCGCCGUGGGAGACCUGCUGGAAGAACGGCUGAAUGGUUUGCCAUUGCUGGAAGCAUGUCGAAGUGCCAGGAUCCUGGUGGUCUGCAACAAGCUGGAAACGGGCUUCGAUGAGCCACGCUUGGCAGCUAUGUACCUGGACCGGUGCUUGGAAAGUGAUGUGAAGAUGGUGCAAGUUCUUUCCAGGAUCAAUCGUCCACUGCCGGGCAAAGACUCCGUCUAUGUGCGCGAUUUCCAUGAUCAAUGGGCCGCCGUGCGCCUGGCCUUCGAUCGCUUCCGUCGGGUCGUGGAAGGCGGCCGCUGUGGCGGUCGACGCUUCAGACGACGGCGGUGCAGGAACAGGGUGUGGUGUCACCAAAUCGCCGAGCAUGAUGUCCAGCUGGAGCAGAUGUUGCAGACACCGCUUCCGCCGGAGAAGAUCUUGCAACUCACCGAGACGCAUCAGCGGCUUCGGAAAGAGCUGCAUCUCACGGGCGGGUCCCGUUUGAUGAGCCUCUUGAAGGCGACGCGACGCCUUGCGCAAGAGGUGGGCAGCGACGUUUCGAUGGUCAACGCCGUGGAACUCGCUGGAUCGCCGUCGCGCAUCGUCUUCGUGGAUCAGAAGGCAGUGGUAAAACACCGUAGGACAUGGGGGAAACGAUGA